GGCGAUGCCGCGCCCCCGGGCCGGGCUGUAGCGGGGCCGGGGCGGAGUGCACGCCGGGCAGGCGGGACGGGCCAGACAUGGAGGUGGUGGACGAGACGGAGGCGCUGCAGCGCUUCUUCGAAGGCCACGACAUCAACGGCGCCCUGGAGCCCUCCAACAUAGACACGAGCAUCCUGGAGGAGUACAUCAGCAAGGAGGAUGCGUCCGAACUCUGCUUCCCUGACAUCUCUGCUCCAGCCAGUGCGGCCUCCUACCCCCACGGGCAGCCAGUGAUCCCCGGCUCCAGCGGGGUCCACCACCUGAGCCCCCCUGGGGGUGGACCCUCCCCAGGGCGCCACGGCCCCCUCCCACCCCCGAGCUACAGCGCCCCACUCAACUGCAACAACAACAAUGGCCUGGGCAUCGCUCCCAAGCCCUUCCUGGGGGGCUCUGGGCCCCCCAUCAAGGCUGAGCCCAAGGCUCCCUAUGCCCCAGGCACACUGCCGGACUCCCCGCCAGACUCGGGCUCCGAGGCCUACUCCCCGCAGCAGGUGAAUGACCCCCACCUCCUGCGCACCAUAACCCCUGAGACCCUGUGCCAUGUGGGAAUGCCCUCCCGCCUGGAGCACCCGCCCCCACCUCCAGCCCACCUGCCAGGCCCCCCGCCACCCCCACCUCACUACCCCGUCCUGCAGCGGGACCUGUACAUGAAGGCUGAGCCCCCGAUGCCCCCCUAUGCGGCCAUGGGGCAGGGGCUGGUGCCCACCGAUCUCCACCACGCCCAGCAGUCCCAGAUGCUGCAUCAGCUGCUGCAGCAUGGAGCUGAGCUCCCCACACACCCCUCCAAGAAGAGGAAACACUCUGAAUCGCCCCCCAACACCCUCAACGCCCAGAUGCUGAAUGGAAUGAUCAAACAGGAGCCCGGGACUGUGACAGCCCUCCCUCCGCACCCCACACGAGCCCCAUCCCCACCCUGGCCUCCCCAGGGCCCACUCUCGCCAGGCCCUGGCUCCUUGCCUCUCAGCAUCGCCCGGGUCCAGACGCCGCCUUGGCACCCACCAGGCGCACCCUCACCAGGUCUCCUGCAGGACAAUGACAGCCUCAGUGGCUCCUACCUGGACCCCAACUACCAGUCCAUCAAAUGGCAACCGCAUCAGCAGAACAAGUGGGCGACACUAUACGAUGCGAACUACAAGGAGCUGCCCAUGCUCACCUACCGUGUGGAUGCCGACAAGGGUUUCAACUUUUCCGUGGGUGACGACGCCUUCGUGUGCCAAAAGAAGAACCACUUCCAGGUGACAGUGUACAUUGGCAUGCUGGGCGAGCCCAAGUACGUCAAGACGCCCGAAGGCCUCAAGCCUCUCGACUGCUUCUACCUGAAGCUGCACGGAGUGAAGCUGGAGGCCCUGAACCAGUCCAUCAACAUCGAGCAGUCUCAGUCCGACCGAAGCAAGCGGCCCUUCAACCCUGUCACGGUCAAUCUGCCCCCUGAGCAAGUCACAAAGGUGACCGUGGGGCGCUUGCACUUCAGCGAGACCACCGCCAACAACAUGCGCAAGAAAGGCAAGCCCAACCCCGACCAGAGGUACUUUAUGCUGGUGGUGGCACUUCAGGCCCAUGCACAGAACCAGAACUACACGCUGGCCGCCCAGAUCUCAGAGCGCAUCAUCGUGCGGGCCUCCAACCCAGGCCAGUUUGAGAGCGACAGUGACGUGCUGUGGCAGCGGGCUCAAGUGCCAGACACUGUCUUCCACCAUGGCCGUGUGGGCAUCAACACUGACAGGCCCGACGAGGCACUUGUCGUGCACGGCAACGUCAAGGUCAUGGGCUCACUCAUGCACCCCUCGGAUCUGCGGGCCAAGGAGCACGUGCAGGAGGUGGACACCACGGAGCAGCUGAAGAGGAUCUCGCGCAUGCGGCUGGUGCACUACAGAUACAAACCGGAGUUUGCCGCCACCGCCGGCAUCGAGGCGGCGGCGCCAGAGACGGGUGUCAUCGCCCAGGAGGUGAAGGAGAUCCUGCCUGAAGCCGUGAAAGACACUGGAGAUGUGGUCUUUGCCAACGGGAAAACCAUAGAGAACUUCCUGGUGGUGAAUAAGGAGCGCAUCUUUAUGGAGAAUGUGGGUGCUGUGAAGGAGCUGUGCAAGCUGACCGACAACCUGGAGACGCGCAUUGAUGAGCUGGAGCGCUGGAGCCACAAGCUGGCCAAACUGCGGCGACUGGACAGCCUCAAGUCCACCGGCAGCUCAGGAGCCUUCAGCCACGCAGGGAGCCAGUUCAGCCGGGCUGGCAGUGUCCCACACAAGAAGAGGCCCCCCAAGUUGGCCAGCAAGCCGUCAUCUGUGGUCCCAGACCAGGCCUGCAUCAGCCAGCGCUUCCUGCAGGGAACCAUCAUUGCUCUGGUGGUGGUCAUGGCCUUCAGUGUGGUGUCCAUGUCUACACUGUACGUGCUGAGCCUGCGCACCGAGGAGGACCUGGUGGAAACAGAUGGCUCUUUUGCCGUGUCCACUUCCUGUCUGCUGGCCCUGCUCCGGUCCCAGAACCCUGGGGGGAGCGAGGCCAUGUGCCCAUGGUCCAGCCAGAGCUUUGGGACCACUCAGCUCCGACAGUCCCCUGUGACCGCUGGGCUGCCAGGCACACAGCCCUCUUUGCUGCUGGUGACUACCGGCCUGACCAGCUUGGUCCCAGGUCCUGUCAUCCGCGCCUUAGACCUGUGUUCCAGCCACCCCUGCCCCGUCGUUUGCUGCUCCUCACCCACGCCAGGCCCUACCAUUGACCCUAGUCUUGGCCCCAGCUUUAACCCCAGCCACGGUCUCAGCCCCAGUCCCUCCACCAACCGUUCAGGCCCCAGCCAGAUGGCCCUGCUGCCAGUCACCAACAUCAGAGCCAAGUCCUGGGGCCUGUCAGCCAAUGGCAUUGGUCACUUCAAGCAUCCAAAGAGCUUGGAGCCUGUGGCCAGCCCUGUAGUCCCCUUCCCUGGGGGACAAGGCAAAACCAAGAACAGCCCCAGCCUUGGUCUCCAUGGCCGGGCCCGCCGAGGGGCCACACAGCCUGGCCUGGGCCCUGCCCAGCCCACUGAGGCCCGGGGCCAGCCAGACCCAGUGCCCUCCUUCACCUCCAUCCAGGUGCUGGAGAAUUCGAUGCCCAUCACCUCCCAGUACUGUGCUCCAGGAGAUGCCUGCAGGCCUGGGAACUUCACCUACCACAUCCCUGUCAGCAGCAGCACCCCACUGCACCUCAGCCUGACCCUGCAGAUGAACUCCUCGUCCCCAGUGUCCGUGGUGCUGUGUAGCCUGAUGUCCAACGCGGAGCCAUGUGAGGAGGGGGACUUUCCACAGAGCCUCCACACCCACCAGGACACCCAGGGCACGUCCCACCAGUGGCCAGUAACCAUCCUUUCCUUCCGCGAAUUCACUUACCACUUCCGGGUGGCACUGCUGGGUCAGGCCAACUGCAGCUUGGAGGCCCUGGUCCAGCCAGCCACGGACUACUACUUCCGCUUCUACCGCCUGUGUGACUGAGCUGCCCUCCCUGAGGCAGCGCCACACCAGGGCCUGGGGGUCCCCGGCUGCCCCUUCCACACUGGAUGCGGUGGUGUUACACUGGAGCCCACUACCCACCAGCUCUCCACUGUUCACUGGCAUGUCCUCGGAGAGACUGAGCUGGGCGUGGCCCUCCCCUCGACUGGUGAAACUGGAAGUCCUCACACUGGAGCUGCUGUUCCUGCUGGUUGCCCCUCUCACACCCCACAGAGACCUCCUGGGACCAGGACAGGACCGGUUCACACCUGUCCAGAUGUGGCAGUUAGAGGACUGGCUUCAGGUGCCCCGGAGGCAAGGGGAAGCCCGCGACAGUCCAGGGCCCACCAUCCCAACCUCCCUGCCCGCCUCUACGACCAGCAGGGGCUUGGAUCGAGCCCUGAGACUUGGCUGGACCCACGCGUCAGUGGAGGGCUGACGGCCCUCACCCUCAAAGCUGCUCCCUGGGGGAUGGCUAGGUGGUAGACUUUUUGGGGUUUGACUGUUACGCUGGACUUGGACUUCGAAGUUUUAAGUGUGGCCCAGGAGGUCUCCUGUCCCUGGGAGAGCUUGGCUCCGAGAACUCCCAGGGCAACUGAAGCCAGCCCUGGAUGAGUCAGAGAGACCGACCACAUGCCUUAUGUACACUUUGUACUUGGUAGAACCAGUAGGGCCAGUGGGCCAAGUAAGCCUCGGCCCGUUGAACCCGGAGUAUUGUGGAAGGGAAAUUCCCUGUGAGCCUCCAGGAGGUGGUUCGGCCCCAUGGCCUGGGCUCCUGGGAGCUGCCAGAGCUCUCAGUGGUGUCAGUGACCCAUCAUUCUCUCCGAGCAGAGGAGCAGGAAUCCCUGCAAGGCAGCAGGCCGUCUUGGCUGGUGGGUGGACGCAAAUAGCUUUUGCUGUUAUUAAUGAAGUAAUUACUAAAAUGCACUUAAACUGGGGCAGGAGUGGAAGGAUGGAGAUUGAGCCCUGAGGGGUCACUUGCAAAGACAAGUCCCUGGCUCCCUCUGUUGCAGGAGCCUCAAGACACCCAUCCCACUCCCAAUCACCAAGACUCUGGCCUCUUCCUCCACUCUUUGUUAGUGGCCUUGUCUCCCCAAACCAAGGGCUCCUGUGCUGGCCUUGGACAGCCAAGCUGGGGGAACCCGUGCUUGGCAGCAGGCCCAAUCUCUGCCCGCUCCUCCCAGGAGCAGAGCGGGGGACUCGGGUUAGGGCAGCAGUGUUAAGUGCCAACGUUAGUUCUCUCUUAGUGGGUGCCUGCAGCAUUCUGCGGCCGCAUCCAGGCUCAUGGAAGGAGUGUGGAAAUCACUUAGCCAUGUCUGCUAUGGGCUCAGACGUGGGGACAGGACUUGCCAUCCGUCCUUGCUUUGUGAUAGUCUGCCACCUCUUUGGGAAGCAGGCCUUGCCCCUCUCCCCUGAUUCCAGUUUUGAACAGGAAGCCGGGUUGGGGGGGCCUGAAUCUUGAAGCCUAUGAACUGCAGGUCCCUUUCUGCCAUGGAUGUCAAAGCACUUAUUCUCAGGAUGGGGAGACACUGGAGGGUGGGGUGUAGGGGGCUAGUGGGGAUACCUGGCCUCCCAACCCCCUCCCCAAGGUGGCUCCAUUCCCUCAUUCUGACAUAGGAAUUACAUGGCUCCCCAUACCAUGUGGGGAGCCCAGCCUUACUUAAGACUACUCUGUUCUCCCUCUUCUCACUGGGGGAACCUCCCUAAAUGACUUAAAACUGCCAAGCCCUGCCCCCUGUAAUAAGAUUCUGGGGCUUCUUCUGUGGGGUCCAUGUUCUUAGGCUAAGGCCCUUCAGUCCUUAACUGGAAAGUGACUCUCCACUGCCCCCUGGAGCCCAUCUGGACACAGCACGGCCCCAAUCUGGUUAGCAGCUGGCUGUUUCCAUGGCUGAGGAGGGGGUCCUCAGUGCACCUGUUGGGGCCAAGUAGGGGCUCUAAGCUGCUCAAGGGGCAGGGAGGGGUCAACCUUGGACCAAAGUUGCCUUAAACCCAAUAAGGUGAAAGGGCGUAAGGGAAGGUGAAUGGGCCGCCUGCUGGAGGCUGACAACUGCCUGGCUGGUGCUAGUGAGUAGGUGUCUUGGCUCCGUGCCCUUACCCAGGGGCUGGCAGCCAUCCCUCCCUUUCUCCCUUUUGGCAUUUAUUCCUGUAGCCACUGGGCUAACCUCCCCCAAGCUUCAAGCUGUACAUAGGGCCUCUCAACACCCAAACCCCUGCUCACACAUCUCCUAUAAAAGCCUGCGUGUGCAUAGAGCACCCCUCUCUCCCAGUUAACUUCCAGUUCCCAUCCCUGAGCAUUGACUCAUAUUUAUCAUUUACCAACUCUGACUCUGGAGGAGGCGAAGGGAAGCAGCCCCGGGCCUGCUUGCUUCCCGUCCCCUGAACAGCUCUUUUCUUCUGAAGUAAAUAUCCGUAUAUAAAUAAAUGUAUAAAUAUGGCUUUGUAUCUGAGCUUGCAUCCCAAUCUUCUUGAGAUUGUUCUGGUAGGAGAUGGAGUCACCUGUGGGGCUAGGACCAACUGCCAUCUCUGGGGCCCCGAGCCAGACAGAUGUUUUGUACCCCAUUAUUCUGCUUAGCUUCAUGCUAGACUUGGGCACAGGAUUCAGCAGCCCCCUCCUCUAACCAUACCCCACGGACCCACCGCUGCCCCACCUGGGUUAAAAGUAGUCAUCCUAGGAAAAAGCCUUCUUAGGGGACAAACUGAGCCUUUGAAGGUCCCCAGCCAUGGAAGGUGGCUGCAUUUAGAGCAGGGGACUGGCCCAGGGCAGACCUGAUUGGUGUGGAUUCCUAGAGAAGUCUCUAGAAAUAGAAGAGGGCAGGCCAGCCACUUCCUAUCCACAGGUAAGCCUUUAACUCCAAGGACAGGACACCCCUCCUAUAUCCCCCUUUUCCCCUCAUAGGC